AUUACACUUCUGGUGGUUACUUCAAACCGCAAACAUAACAGUUAGUUCGAAACUGUUCAUUUUUACAUACGUAUAAAUUCAUCAGUCGCUUCAGUGCUAAACGAAAUUUUCACGAUAAUAAAAAGUUAAACUUCAUUACCUUAAACGUAAUUAAUAAAUAAAGUAUAAUCAUGGUUGUUGCAGUAAAAGUAUUCAAAAAAACCACCCCAAAUGGAAAGCUAACAUUCUAUUUGGGCAAACGUGAUUUCAUUGACCAUUUGGAUUACUGCGAUCCAAUUGAUGGCGUUGUUGUGGUCGAACCAGAAUACUUGAAGGGACGUAAAGUAUUUGGUGAAUUGAUUACUACGUACCGAUAUGGUCGUGAAGAAGAUGAGGUGAUGGGAGUGAAAUUUUCCAAGGAAUUGUGCUUGCAACGUGAACAAAUCGUGCCAUUGGUAAACCAAAAAAUGGAAAUGACACCAAUGCAAGAGCGCCUUGUUAAAAAACUCGGACCAAACGCAUUUCCAUUUACUUUCCAAUUCCCAAACGUUUCGCCCAGCUCAGUUACAUUACAAGCGGCUGAAGAAGAUGAGGGAAAACCAUUGGGUGUUGAUUACACAAUCCGUGCUUAUGUUGGCCAGAAUGAAGAGGAUAAAGGCCAUAAGCGCAGUCAAGUUAGUUUGACUGUGAAAAAAUUGCAAUACGCACCAUCGACUCGUGGCCGUCGCCUUCCUAGCUCCUUGGUUAGCAAAGGAUUCACAUUUUCGCAAGGUAAAAUCAAUUUGGAAGUUACACUCGAUCGCGAAAUUUACUACCAUGGCGAAAAGGUAGCUGCUACCGUUGUUAUCACCAACAAUUCGAGAAAAACCGUGAAAAACAUCAAAUGCUACAUCGUUCAACAUUGCGAGGUGACAAUGGUCAACUCUCAGUUUAGCAAACAUGUGGCGUCGAUGGAAACUAGAGAAGGAUGCCCCAUCACUCCAGGCGCCUCUUUUACUAAGCAAUUCUUCUUGGUACCCCUUGCAUCUAGCAACAAGGAUCGUCGUGGCAUUGCUUUGGACGGUCACUUGAAAGACGAAGAUGUUAAUUUGGCAUCAUCAACUUUGAUUAGCGAUGGAAAAACCUCAACUGAUGCUAUGGGUAUUGUAAUUUCAUACUCAGUUCGAGUUAAGGUCAACUGUGGCACCCUUGGUGGGGAACUCCAAACCGACGUGCCUUUUAAAUUGAUGCAUCCAGCCCCAGGCACUGUUGAGCGUGAACGUGUCAAUGCUAUGAAAAAAAUGAAAUCGAUUGAAAGACAUCGAUACGAAAACAGCCAUUAUGCUGACGACGAUGACAACAUUGUAUUCGAAGAUUUUGCUCGUCUCCGAAUGAACGAACCUGAGUAAAUCGAAAAAUCAUCAAAUCGAUAAAACGAAGAAAAAAAAAUGUUGCAAAAAAAUCUAAAGAAAAAACUCAGUAACUAAAAACGAAUAGAGUGUCUUCGAUAGUCAAAACUUGAACUGAAUUUUCAUUUCAGUACCGCAAUUCAAUUCAGCUUUUCACUAUCAUGAUAAAUAACGCUCGCCACCAGAAGUGAUAUAAAUAAAAAAAAGCAUAACGAACGAAUUUUUGAAUUCUGUAUUCUAAUGUGAAUUCAGAAUUCAAAAACAAAGCAUGAAAGAAAAACUUAAAAAAAUUCCCUUGACCAUUGCCACGAAAUUCAUUGUAAAACUUAUUUUUUUGUUUAUAUUUAAACCAAAUAUGUCCAUCCCAAUCCAAUAAAGAGAAUUCUCGAAA